AGAAAGAAGGCGAGGAGAAGAGCAACAAUAGUAGAGACACCGCCCUGUCUACCGGAGCCGCCACCGCUGCUAUGGGCUGAUUCUUUCACCUUCAUCACCAGUUCGGGUCACUUUCCGCAAUGCAUUACUCGCCUUUGACGAAUUCUUUUAUGCCUGCCGAAUGCCGAUUGCUGGCUGUAGUUUAGAGAAAUUGCUCUGCCUCACUGUGUUUCAUAAACGAUAUGUGAUUUGAAAUUAUACAUGCCAUAUAAUGUGUAUAAACUCAAUCGGCACUAUCGCCAGUCUUGUUGUGAAUCCUGUUAAGUUUUCCAUGAACAAUUUGACUGAUUUUCUAGGGGAGUACCAAAUUGUCUGAAUUUUUCUGCUAGCCUGAUAGCAUCAGAAGGUGCUUUUUUUUGGAAAAAGUAUCUCCGAGUCCUUUAAUGGAAUUCUUCUUCCUUGGAUCGAUCCAACUGUUUUAGGGGAAAAAAAGUAUUGAUUGUGUAGUACACUAGUGUUAGAUGGUGUUAGGCCUAUUGAUGGUAGAGUGACUGCAUUUGGAUAAGGAAGCUACGUUUCGUUAUGAAUGACAAAGUUGAAUUAUUUGCCAAAUAGUUUAUGCCGUUUGUUCUGCUACUCAGGAAUGAGCUGCUUUAAUCGGAUGCUUGAAUACCUUGGAUAUAUAAAAUUACAGUUAAUGCCAAAGGAAGUUAGAUUAUGGCAAAGCCAUGAAUGGUUGAAGCUUACCAUCGGUCGAUUCCAACCACGUCAGAAUCAUCUGCGUUGAAUAACGUAUAUUUGGUCAGACAUUGCGCUACAAAAUAUAUAGAAUGACUGGGAUGAACCAUUCGAGUGAACCGAGCACUGCACCCCAAGCUGAUCAGUGGUACAACAUAACCCUAGGCUCCUCAUUCCACGAUCACAAUCCCUCAAAAUUCUGCACCUUUCGCUAUGAGUUCAAGCCAGCAUCAAUCGAUAAGAAUCAGCGGGGCACCCUGCAUAAGAACAAGGAUAAUAAGGUCUCCGUGGAGUUUCAGAAUAUACAACCUGGGAAGCCUAAGGUAACCUUCGAGGGCACUAGUGAAGAUUGCAAGGAUAAUGAUGCUGUUCUUUUCUUUGAUGGAGAGUCAUUUAGAUUGGAGCGGGUGCACCGCGCUGUGAAACGAUUGAGGCAUAAUCGGAAGAUGGGUGAAUAUGCAGGGCCAGGGCCAGGGCCAGGGGUUGCAUCAGUUGGAGUGGCUGAUGCAAGUUCACCACUGAUUGCAAGAGGGAUUAAGCAUCAGCCUUUGAACAAGGACCCAUAUCCUGCUCUGCCUGUUGAAGUUGAACGAAUUGAGAUUGGAAACUUCAAAUGCUCGGAUGCAAAACCUAGACCGGAAAAGGCUGUUCAAAUCCAUGUAGCACAGCCAGAUUCAUCAAACCUGUCACCGGAGUUGAAGAUUGAUGACCAAGAUGAAGAAGAUCUUGAUAUAAUGAAUGUGGAUGAAGAUGAUGGUAACGCAGGAGCUGAUGGAGGCACUAUCGAAGUAAAAGAGCUUGAUUUUGACAUCAUACCACAUCAAACUGAUACGGAUGAGGAUAUUGUUGAUAUUGAUAUAAGCGAUGACGGAGGUGAUAAGGAACCAAAUGCUGCAGAAGCACUCGGAGCACAGGUCAAUGCAGAAGCAAGAGAAGGCCAGACUUCGAGCUCCAGUAGCAGUAGUGGGAGUGAUAGCAGCGGCAGUGGCAGCGGAAGCGGCAGCAGGAGUAGCAGCGACAGCGAGAGUAGCGAUGCUGAUUCGGUUACCUCCAUUUGAACAACCCAUAAAUUAGAAUGCCUCUUCAUAUUGGUAUUUCUGUAUACAGAUAAACAUUUUAUUCUUUUGCUCCAAAUUAAUGGAGUACUGUAGUAAUUUUAAAUUAGUUUUUUUUUUUUUUUAAUGAACCAGCUGUACUAGUUAGUUUAGUGGGUUCGCAUAACAAAUAGAUUGGUUUAAGAUAGUACUAAUAUCAUGUAUUAGAGUUAAGGUUAGGGUUAGACUGGCAUAAGUUUGAGGCAGUUUACCAAUAAAGUUUGAA